AUUAACUUCCGAAUACGCUCCAUAUUUAAAUAAGAUGCUAUUUCAUGAUUUUAGUUUGGUUAACAUUUGAAUUAACAUUUCGUAUUAGAACUCGUUUAGCCGUUAGCUAACUUUUUUAUUAUUAUUAUAUAUUUCCUACCCGUAUACCGACGAAUGGUUCGUGAUUGGAUAAUUCGAUCUGGUAGGCUGUUCUGAUAGGCUGGUUGUCGUGGUUUCGCGCGCGAAUUGAUUCGGUUCUAGCCAAUCAGCGCUUUCUAGAGGCGGGAUUUCGUCAGAAUACGGGUUUGGGGUGAGAGGUGUUUGUUAGUGCAGGUAUUAGCUGAGCAGAUGGGCAGUUUGGUGCAGGAGGUGAAGCGCUGGGCCACAGAAGAGCUGGACCUGCCUCCUCACAGCCUCCCACACGACAGCUACAUUAAAACGUUAUGUGUUGGUACAGGAGCCUCAAUCUGGAAAUAUGUCAUCCAGCAUGUUUACAGUGAGAGGAAGGUGCGACUCAUGCGGGGAAAUCUUCAGUGGUACAAAAUUCUACAGGAUAAAGAGCUGAAGCAGGUGGAGGGACAAAACAAAGACGCCCGGCGUGUGGAGCUGCAGAGAGAGAUCUCUGAGCUGCAGAACGAACUCGGUCACAUCGAGCAGAAAAUCAGCACGGCCGAGGAGCAGCUCGCGAACGAAGAGCUGAGUGUGAACAGACACUGCGCUCAGUAUGAGGAGAGCAGACUUCGGGAGCUGAUGCUGGACUCGUUCAGGCUGCGCUGCUCUGAUGAAAGAGACGCUCUCACACAUGACACGCAGACCAUCAGCAGCCAGAGGCAGGCUUUAGAACGGCUCGCCAGGAAAGCUGAGGUGAAGGUAGAGUUCGGGGGAUCUGACGACGGAGACAGCGGCACAUCCACGGAGCCUCUGGUCUUAAGGAACGUCCGUGAUCUCUGCAUGGAGCGAGUGUUGUUCUUCCAGUCUCUGCAGGACAGCAUGCUGAAGUCCACAACUCCGGAAUUUACUCCUGAGCAGAGGAACGCAGCUUAUAGGCACUGGAUUAGUGCUGUGGAGGAUGUGCUGCGAUCUCACCCUCCGAAUCAGGUCCUGUCAGCUCUGCAGGCUUUGGCCUCCAAACAGCAGGUGGCGCUGGAGGAGAAAACCGCAGCUCUGGAUGUCGAACGUGACGUUUCUGCUCUUGGGUUCCGGUACGAGAGCCAUCACCUGCUGGACGUGUCCAUGGAGGAAGAGGAGGACUUGCCGCCAGUUCGCAGUCUGUUACAGUCCGUGUGGGAGGAGGUGGAACAGUGUUACGUGCGCCUGGCAGAGGCACGGAGUACAGCUCGGAGACGGCACGCUGAGCUCAGCGCGCUCACCAAGGAGGUCCAGCUAAGAAUUCUGGGACAGGAUGAUCUCGUCAACCCCACAGCCCGGAGUGUGUUUGAAUUGGAGAUGCAGGCGGUGCGACAGACUGCGGUGAGAGACAGCGUGCGAGAGCAGGUCACGCUGCUCCAGCAGGAGAACCGAGAGAAACGUGAGGCUCUGCGCAGCCUCCACACGCAGUGGCAGAGCAUCAUGGACUUCAGGCAGCUCGUGGAUGUCAGACAGGAACAGAUACGGAGUCUGAUUGUAGGAAACUCCAGUAUGAAGACCGAACUCACGCGUGUUCACUCAGAGCUGAGAGCGUUUGUAGGAGAGAAGCUCAGCCCACAGUUCGGGGCCGUGAUCCGGGCCGCCGGCGAACUCCGAAACUCCGUGUCCCAGGAAGCCAAGCUGUUCAACUCGGUGUGUCUUGCUGCCCUGGACCGCAGGAUUAUAGAAGGCGAGAGAACGCCUGUAGAUCAGCUCUCCAUGUACCGCGGGAACGCUCCGGCACUGCACGCCAUCCAUCAGAGCCUGUCCACUCCGCUCUAUAUGGCUGCGGAGUCGUUGUUCUCUCAGGCGGUGUCUCAGAAGCUGCAGCUGCGUUUCCUCCGUCGCCUCCUGCAGCUGCGCACGGACUGUCUAACAGACGUGCAGAACCGAACAGCGCAGCUGCCUGCUCCUAACCAGCAGGCUCUGCUGCAGCGUGUGAAGGCAGAGGAUGCGGAGCUGCUGCAGUCUCUGUUGCCCCGUGUCCAGGAGCUCACACAGAGAUGUUCUAAGGGCGUGGCCUACACCAAGCAGGUCGACACCGCCAUCACACACUGGUGGGAGCAGCCGGCUCAGUUUGCUCUGCCAGACAUGCAGCAGGACGGACUGACGUUCCAGCAGUGGCUGCAGAGAUGGAAACUGGCCACGAAGGAACUUUAACUUCAUGCCGGUUCCUGAUCUACAUCACUACACACCUUAAUCCGAACCUGUGUACCCUUUUUAAGAGUAAUUUUUAAACGACAUUAAAGUAUACCACCAUGUUGUAAUUAUUUUUAAUCUUGUGUUUCGGUUUUGUUUCCUUUUUUCUGUAUUGUCAAUUUCCUUUUUAGGAAAAAGAAGGCGGGGCUGGAAAAGAAGUAGGCUUAUGUAACACAUUGUGGGUUGUGGUGUUAAAGGAAAAUAAUCACACACGCAGCACUAGUGCUCUUUCAGGGUGUCUUGUAUUGUUGUUAAUUAUUACCAGCAUCAUCUUACUGUACAGUCAUGAUUUUUUUUUUAAUACACAUUUUUACAAUGUUCCUGCUCAAUAAACAACGAUCAUGAAAUUCACUAGA